AUGGUGAAGACCGAUGCUGGCAAGGAGCAAACAGACGUUGCCUCCAACAAGGAACCUCAUGGAAAUUUGCAAGCAGCUUUGGCCCGUACGGUUACGAGGGGUAUGGCACUUUACUUUUCAAGACCUGUAAGACUAUUUCGACCGUCGAAAGUCUCCGGAUGGCAAAUUUUAAGAGGAUUGGCAGAGAAGGAUGGCUCGUCUCUCAAUCACCGAUUUCUGUCGUCGCUGGUCAAGGACCAAGGAUUCCUGGUGAUUCCUAAACACUUCAUACCACCUAUGAUGGUAAAUGCUGUCCUAGGUACCGUUCUCUGGACGACUUAUGGGGAAGCUUCUGCGACCCUCGAACCGUACCUUGGAUCUCAUCCAAUUGUGAAUGCGGCGCUGUCGGGGGCAAUUGCAGGGGGCGCUCAGGCUGUGGUCGCUGCGCCAGCGGAAAAUGUUCGGCUACUUCUAGAAGGCGGAAGCGUCUAUCAUUCAUGGUCGCAUGCGUGGAAGGAAGUAUUUCGGGGCACGCACUUGAUUCCCUCAGCUUCCAGAGAAGAGAUUCGUGAAGUUAGAAGUUGGAUGAGAGACGUAGGUGACAUGGCGGGGCGCGGAUGGGACGGCUGGGGAUGGGGCUGCGCUAAGGAUAUGUGCGGGUUCGCAUUGUUUUUCUCGAUUUUCGAAAUCACGCGACGUAUUUCCGUUUCAGUAAAAGAAGCCGCACAUAACCUAAUCGCUUCAAAACUUGCGAUAGAGUCGCUGAGCGAGAAACGGAAGGACAGACUUGCAAGGCAUUUUCCAAGGACUAUGCACGGUGUCACGCUUGUUACAGGAGGGGUUGUAGCUGGAUUGGCUUAUGAAUUCGUUGGACGACCUUGGGAUAAUGCACGACACACCGUGCAACUGGAUCUUUUUUCGUCUGGCCACGCCGGCGGGAAACAUUCGCCUUUCAUAGUCCUCUUUGACAAAUUUCGCGAAGAAGGUCUCGCCUACUUUUUCCGCAAUCCGUACAGAGUGAUAGACCACUCUCAUUCGUUGAGUCCUUCCCAGCUUCGCCUGAAUACCAUGUUAAGGACUUUGGGUCGUGUCGGACCAUGGGGCGUGGGCUUCUUAGUUUGGGAAACUUACAGUAGCUCAUAG